AUGUAUAUCCCGGUAGAUCGCGAGACGAAAUUCCGUCUGCCUGUGCCUGGAGAAGAUGGUGAUCUUCGAGAGCACCGCGCUAUUAAGUGCAUUGCUUCUAAUAGAGAAAAAUUCUUCAUGGCUGUUGUCACUUCCGACUGUAUAUACAUCUGGCUUGCUCAUACAUCACGUAACAACCUGCUGAUUUAUCGAGUAGUUGUUUCUGGCGAAAACUGUUACAAUCUCAUUGAUCCUCCUGAUGUGCAACUUCGGCGUUGCUCACAAGAACUUUUCCUACGCGGACCUCGACCGUCUAUCACCUUAGCACCGUCAGUAGUAGUCAAUCUUGCAGCAUCAGCAACUUGUUGUGUACCACUCCGUGAGGAACUUUUCGUUUGUUUGCGUAAUGGCUUCAUUCAUCACAUUUCUUGGGAGGGUCAGGUUCGAGCUGAAUAUUCAAUAAGGCUUCCGACCGUGCCUUUCGCGCAUGAUCAGUUGCAGUCGAAACCUGACUUCGUGACGGAUCCGGCUGCCCAUGUGGUUGACGCUGUUUAUGCUCCCCUAGUAGGAGGUUAUUGUAUAGUGUUAUCGGAUGGUCGCGCUGCACUUCUCACGUCAUCGGAUUCGCGAUUUCAUCCCAGUAGUAUUCUUGGUGUUUGGGCUCUCAACAUGAAAGACGCAACAUGCAGUGAUGUCAAUCACAAAUUUCGUUUGUUGACAUUCGGCUGCGCCAAUGGCGAUGUUGCGGCUUAUCACUUGGAUGAUGCCAAUGGCUCGCUUGUACAAACAUUCCGUGUCGCUCUCAAAGUGCAAAAUGGACCAGAUGUCGUCAAUCGGGUAGGAAGCGUUUCUGAUAUAGAGGUGCUGACGAAUGGAGGUGCCUUUGUGGCUGUUUGGUCGUCAAAGACAUCUACUAACAAUGGCACUGAUGCUAGUUCUUCUCAUCUACCGGCCACACUUGCCGUAUUCACGCCUUUUGGGACGCAGACGUGGUGCUCUUUGGAGUCGAUUCAGGACAGUGAUGGAGCACCCGCAGUGUCGUACACGUCUGUAGACUGGGGUCCGGAAGGUUAUCACCUGUGGUUAGGGCGUAGUGAUGGAUUAUCCAUCCUGCCAAUGGCCAGAUCUGCUGCUUUAUGUAAUCCGAUUAUGGAUCACUCGAAUCAUAUUGUCUUAAUCUGCAGUUCUAGAGUACUUAUCAGUUCAAAUAGGGAACGAGAAGGAGUAGCGAGUGCUCCACAUGCUGUUUGGACUGCAGUCAAUCCGCUCCACGAAUACCUUGCUUCGAAUUGGCCGAUACGGUUUGCCGCGGUCGAUCGAGAUUCUGCCAAGCACUUGGUUGUCGCUGGAUUGAGAGGACUGGCCCACUGUUCGCUUCCAGGGGUUAGGUGGAAAAUCUUCGGCAACGAAAGUCACGAGUCAUCUCUAAUGGUAACUGGAGGCGUCUUGAUUUGGGGAGGCACGGUCGGCACAGCUUGCUAUGAUUUGGAUUCCUGUCGUGAGCAGUUACGGUUCUAUCCCAUCAACAAAAAGCUAGACAAUCGUUAUGCCUCUAUAUUCGAACUCGAAUGCCGAGUCAUUAUGAUGUCUCUAAGAAGCGACGCCUUGGUAACUUUCGACAUUGAAGGACGCAUAAUUAUGCAUCGCUUGAUGAGAAACGAGGAGAGUGCGGGAGAUAUUGUUAAAAUCUCUGUGGAUCGUAUCGCUGAAAUCCGCGUGGGCGAUCUUGUCACUCACCCUGCCUGUUUAGUGUCUAUUCACUUGACACAAUUGAGUCUUGAUCCAUCUGCUUCCUUCUUCUUUCCUGGUGUGGAUACAGUGCUUAUAAAUGUUUCGGGACGACUGCUAACAUUGAAUCCCCAUAAAGCAUCGAAAGAGGUGACAUCUGAUGAGUCUUUUCAGCUAAAUCAACCGAUAAUGGUGGCCUCAUUCGUGGAACAAGUGUGGCAUUGUCGAGCGUUGACUGCAAGGGAACCACCCGGUCUUCCACAUCUUCUGAACGCUCUGUGGAUCAAUUGUGGAUCACGAGGAAUGCGGGUGUGGUUACCACUCAUAUCAGGACGUCGUGGAAUCGUCUCUCAGGACACAUCUUUUAUUUCAAAAAGAAUUAUGCUUCCUUUUGAGUUGGAUAUUUGUCCCCUAGUAAAUAUGUUCAAACGACUGUCUGGCUAUCGGUGUGGAAAGUUUGCCGUAUUUGCGCACCACAUUCUACGCCAGCUGUUGAAACGUAAUCUUGGUGUCUUUGCUUUGGAGGUGGCCGCAGCAUGUCGUCAUUUACCACAUUUUGCUCACUCUCUUGAGUUACUUCUACAUGGUAUCCACUACUUCCUCGAUGUGUGGCUUAGGCCAUUCCCCCCCGAAUUCCUUCGAACAGUUGCUCACUGCGCAAGAAAAACCGAACUGGCUCUUUGGUCGUCCUUAUUUGCUGUUACGGGCUCUCCUAAUGACCUUUUCGAGGUGUGCCUUCGUGAUGGUCAACUUCACACUGCAGCUAGCUACCUCAUUGUACUGCAAAGCAUUGAAAAUACGCAAACAAGCCAGGAGCAAGCUCUUCGCCUUCUUCGAGAAGCAUUAUCUGCGGGAGAAUGGAGUAUUGCGAAAGACAUGGUGCGGGGGGAGGGAGGAGUACGAUGCGAUUCACUCGUGCCAUUGGGUCGGAGGAUAUGGAUAGCCCUGCAAGGUGCCAGAAUAGCGAAGGUCCGCCAUUCGCAUGCUGAAACUCGAGAGCUGAAUCGUAAGGACUCGGCGGGAAGUGGGAAACGGGUGAAUAGGCAUGCUUCCAAUGAUAUUGGACCGCCAUCUCCAACUCAACUUAAUCCCGUUGCCGAAAAAAUGGGCGCAAUUUUGGAAAGAUACUUUGUCUCCGCUCUUGAACUCGACACAUCCCGCAUACUUGUUUCCUCUCGAAAAUUUGUACAUAAUUUCCCGAACGCACUCACACGACUUCACUCUCAGUUUGCUUGGCCUUAUCCAGUCGCCAGUAAAAAAGUGGUCGACCAGCUGGAGAAAAUGUUCGGUUCUAUGCGAUGUAGCCAAAGUGCAGCGUGCUUGAAUGGUGGACCUUCGACAGAACUGAAGAAAACUCCAAUUCAGUCCAUUCCCGUAGCAGCAGCAAUAAUGCCCCACCCGGAUCAGUAUUGGGGUCGCCUUGUAGUAGCACAAUUGACAACAUCGACUCGAGGAAGUAUAGGAAGUGAUUGGCACGGUUUGUUGUUGCUUUCGCAUCUGUAUUUGCACGGAAUGACAGUUGAAUUUAAAGGCUUGAAGUUGCUUGUGGGGGAAACAUCCAAUAAAGGAUCAGCGGAAAGCCUAGCACAAAUGUCGCAUCUGAUGUCUUGGUUCUCUACUGCUGGUUGUCUGGAUUGGAUGUUCCUAAUUUGCGUUGUCUCUCGAGAUAUUGUUCAACUACGGCGCGAGAUUAAUCCAGAAUCGGCCCAGAAGGCCGGUGUGGAUGCUUUCAAGCAUACAAUGUUUGGAUGCGACGAUCUUCUUGAGUGGGCGAGGCAGAAUUGGUAG